GGUACAUAAUUGCUAUUUCUCCCUCUCUUAAAGCUCUCUGAAGUCUGAAACUUCUCUACCUUAAUCCAAAGAAAGCUCUCUUCUCUCUCUCUCUCUCUCUCUCUCUCUCUCUCUCAUAUGAAGUCCUUCCUGAUCCCAACGUUGUCAGCCUUCACUACUCACCUCCCCAAAACCGCUCAUCUUGGCCUCCUUUCCUUGGCCUCAAAAUCCUUUCCACGCAACCCCACAAUUUUCCUUCCCCUAAAACCCACAACCUUUUCUCCCACAUGUUCCAUUCAUUCAAUCCAAAGUCGUGGCGUGCACACGGAGCAACUGACUCCGCCGUCGCCUCCCGGAGAGAUUCACGUGAUCGUUGGCCCCAUGUUCGCCGGAAAAACCACCACCCUUCUUCGCAGAAUUCAAUCUGAGAGCAGCAAUGGCAGCUUUCAGGUUGAGCCUUACAAGAGCUACCUCCAAUUGGAUAAAACAUUGACGGGUCUUUGUAUUUCGGGAAGAUUGAGGGAAGCUGUGGGACUGUUGUGCACUACUGGAGUGCGAGUGGAACCAAAAACCUACGCUCUUCUAUUGCAGGAAUGCAUAUUUAGAAAAGAGUAUAAGAAGGGGAGAAGAAUCCAUGCACUAAUGGUUGUUGUUGGUUAUGAUCCCAAUGAGUAUUUGAAGACUAAAUUGUUGAUAUUGUAUGUGAAGUCAGGGGAUCUAGGAACUGCUCACGUUCUAUUUGAUAAUUUGCGGGAGAAAAGCUUGGUUUCAUGGAAUGCAAUGAUUGCAGGGUAUGUGCAAAGGGGGCUUGAAGAAGUGGGGUUAAAUCUUUAUUACAAGAUGAGACAGACUGGUUUUAUUCCAGACCAGUAUACCUUUGCAUCAGUCUUCAGAGCUUGUGCCACUUUAGCAACACUUGAGCAUGGGAAACAGGCCCAUGGUGUCAUGAUCAAGUGUCAAAUUAGGGAAAAUGUGGUGGUCAAUAGUGCCCUUAUGGACAUGUACUUUAAAUGCAGUAGUUUAUCUGAUGGGCAUCGGGUAUUUGACAAGUCUUUAAAUAGGAAUGUUGUUAUGUGGACUGCUUUAAUCUCUGGCUAUGGUCAGCAUGGAAAAGUUGCAGAGGUUUUGGAAUCUUUUCAUAGGAUGAAAACUGAAGGUUUCAAACCAAAUUAUGUUACUUUUCUUUCAGUUCUUUCUGCUUGCAGCCAUGGAGGUUUGCUUGAUGAGGGUUGGGCAUAUUUCUCAUCUAUGACCAAAGAUUAUGGAAUUCAGCCAAGAGGGCAGCAUUAUGCAGCUAUAGUUGAUCUUUUAGGGCGUGCUGGCCAGUUACAAGAGGCGUAUGAGUUUGUUCUGAACUCACCUUGUAAGGAGCACUCAGUGAUAUGGGGUGCUUUGCUUGGGGCUUGUAUUUGGGAAAAUGCUGCAGAGGUCAGGGCUGUGAUGCAGGAAUCAGGGAUCAUAAAGGAAAGUGUGGCAAUAAUAAAAUCCAAUAAGGAUACAAGAUAUGGAUUGGAUUCGAUCGUGACACAUGAUGGGGCGAAAUUGCCAUGCUUGGCCUUACCUGAUUUGUCAUCAUUCAGACAAAAGUUUGGUCUUGAUGCAUAUGAUCAGUUAGAUGUGAUUGGUAUUGAUGAAGCUCAAUUCUUUGAGGACCUUUAUGAUUUCUGUCGUGAAGCUGCUGAUCAUGAUGGCAAAAGAGUAAUAGUUGCUGGACUAGAUGGUAAUUAUUUAAGGAGGAGCUUUGGUUCUGUGCUGGAUAUAAUUCCGCUGGCUGAUUCCGUGACCAAAUUAACUGCUCGCUGUGAACUUUGCGGUAAACGUGCUUUCUUCACCUUAAGGAAAACAGAGGAGACACAGACUGAACUGAUUGGUGGGGCUGAUGUCUACAUGCCUGUGUGUCGGCAGCACUAUGUCAGCGGACAAGUAGUCAAGGAAGCUGCAAAGACUGUCCUGGAAUCUCAAAAUGUUCAGUGUGUCUCUUAUGCAUAGUUCAACUAAGGAAAACGGUGGAGACACAGACCGAACUGAUUGGUCUGUCUACAUGCCUGUGUGUCGGCAGCACUAUGUCAGCGGACAAGUAGUCAAGGAAACUGCAAAGACUGUCCUGGAAUCUCAAAACGUUCAGUGUGUCUCUUAUGCAUAGUUCAACUGCUUAGUAGGAAAUCUGAAAUUUCCUGUAGUCUACACAACUUGUCAAUAGUGAAAUUGCAAUUGAGUUAGGAAUAUUACAUCUUUAGGUCCCUAUCAAGAAUGUAGAUAUUGUUACAUCUAUUUAUGUGGUCAAUGUUUGAUAGAUGCUUUAAUUAUCAUCAAUAUACAUUGCUGGAAAAUAUAAAACUAUAGUGAAUGUGAAUUUGAAACAGGUUUUUCUAUUA